AUGACAAACACAGGUGUAUUUCAUUUGGAUAUGCCAGAUGCCCCUAAUUAUGAUGAUAGCGAAGAAAAUUCUCAUGACUUUGUUCCGUUUAGUGGUGGAGUUGAAGAUGAGUUUCUCGAACGCGGCCCACUGAAGCCAGAAGAGUUGAGUGAAGAUGUAAAAACUGUAGAAAUCUGUGAGGAAACGGUAAAUCCGGGUCAACCUAAGGUCAGGCCUCAUGACUUUCAACUUCUCAAAGUGUUGGGUAAAGGCGGGUAUGGGAAGGUUUUCCUGGCAAGGAAAAAUGAUACUGGUCAAACCUAUGCCAUGAAGGUGUUGAAGAAAGCCUCAAUCGUAACGAACGCGAAAGAUACAGCUCACACGAAAAGUGAAAGGAAUAUCCUCGAAAUGAUCAAACAUCCAUUCCUAGUCCAGCUACAUUAUGCCUUCCAAUCCCCUGGGAAGCUUUAUCUAGUCCUUGAAUUUUUAGCUGGGGGUGAACUUUUUAUGCAACUUGAAAAAGAGGGUGUAUUCAUGGAGGACCAGGCUAGUUUUUAUUUGGCAGAAAUCACACUUGCCAUUGGCCAUCUUCAUUCGAUGGGCAUUGUUUAUCGAGAUUUAAAGCCUGAAAAUGUGCUUUUAGACCAUGAAGGUCACGUAAAACUUACGGACUUUGGUCUUUCUAAAGAGAGAGUUGAUCGCGAUAAUUUGACUCAUACAUUCUGUGGGACUAUUGAAUAUAUGGCUCCCGAAAUACUUCUACGUCAGGGUCAUGGAAGAGCAGUAGAUUGGUGGAGUCUCGGCACACUAAUGUAUGAUAUGUUGUCAGGAUCUCCUCCUUUCACGGGUGAUGAUAGAAGACAGACUAUUGACCUGAUACUACGUGGUGAUUUUGUCCCUGUACCUUAUUUGAGUCGUGAAGCUGUGUCACUUAUAUCCAAGCUGUUAGUUGUGGACGUCAGCAGACGUCUGGGUUCUGGACCGUCUGACUCAGAGGCAAUAAAAAUGCAUCCGUUUUUCCGCAACACUGACUGGGAUCGUGUACUGAAAAGACAAGUUGAGCCACCGUUCCGACCUACUUUAACAUCUGAUACAGAUGUUUCCCUUUUUGACCCCAAGUUCACCCAAGAAAAUCCUGUUGAAAGUCCUGAUGAAGGUUUACCAAUAUCUGCAAUGGUUUCGGAUGUGUUUGAAGGAUUUACUUAUGUUGACCCACAAAUUCAUAUUGAUAUGGCCCGUGAUCCUUGGGUAUCUACCUGGCAAAGCAGUUCACGUUCGCGUCGAAGGUCUGGAUUGUCUUCUAGCAGUUCUCCGGGCUACGUUGGGCAUACUAUUAUGGCUAAUACUAGUAAUCUUAUGCAAGGAACUGAUAUGCCACAUGUCGGGACCCCUCAUCCAGAACAGUUGCAGUCCACUUUACCUACUAAUAUGCCAAAUACUAUUCAAACAUCAAUUCCGACGCAAUCACAACAGCCGUUUGUUUUCGCUGAAGAUUUUGAGGAUAUGGACGUUGGUAGUACCAGCAUGACGUUUGGGAACAACUCAGCUGAUGGUCCAGCUGCUGUUAACACUGUUAAUAUACCCACAGACAACUCCAGACUUAUACAUGGUUUUCCUUUCGUAGGUGGACAUCGAAUAGAAAACAGCCGUCCAAUGGAGACUGGUAACUGUGAAACUUAUUCUACACGCCCGGGUGAACACGUCAAUGGCAUAGUCACAAAACCACUCGACACUCGUUUAAUGCAUCCAUCUAGUUCAGCUGCUGCUCAGGCUUCGGCGCUUGCUGCAGUUGCUCUUGCUACUUCAUCCCGUUUGGCAGGUUCUUCUGUACACACAUUUCCUACAGUUACAUCAUAUAAUUCUCCACUUCGACCUCUCAGGAAGAUGAAGCGAUCAUUCUGCGAGGAUACAAAUCCGAAUCAUAUAUCAUGCGGAUCUACCUCAGAGUUAGAUGCAACCCCUACUAGUUGUAAACGUUUGAUCUCAGCUGCGUCUGAACCUGUCUCCUUCAUUCGCAUCACUUCUUUGGAGGAGCUAGACAAACGGGCAUUGCAACUACAGAAUAAAAAGCUUUGGGAGGCUUUGAUGGAACGUCGUGCUGCCAUUGCUGAGCUGAAAGAACGUAUCGAACAUUUAGAAAACCGUCAAACUAAGGAUGACGCUCUGCUUUGCGUAGUCAAUCGCUACUGGAACCAGUUGGACGAAGAUAGCUUGAUAUUGCUGCAACGUUUCGACUCAGAUGCUGCUGAAGAAGAAAUUUCAACGUCCACAGAGUCAUUUCUGAAACAGUUGGCUUCAUGGGACAAAGAAGAAGUUCCUGACAAACUUCAAGAACGAGUGCAUUUCUCCAAGCGAAUUAUUGCCCGUCUCCUCGCCACAUACGAAAAAAUGGUUAUUCAUCAAAAUCGAAUGCGUCAACUACUUGGGAGCUCAGCUGAAGGGAAAUCUGUAGCAUCUGAGACUGAUAACAUACCGACUCAUUCUGGUUCUUCAGUUCCUUUUAACUCAUGCAGUACUGUACCACCUUGUGAAUCUGAUGCCAGUACUCAUUCAACUGCUUCAUCUCAAGGGCCUGUUCCAGUCUGCGAUAAGCUUAGUUUGAAGGAUCUACAAGAGGAAAUCUCACUUUUAAACAAAGAGAAUGGCCGUCUUCAAACUCUUUGUACUAAUUUGCAUGCAAAACAUAGACAGAGCAUUCUUCGACUACGUGAAUUACAAGAUUUAGCUCAAACUAACAGUGACUCUGCAGCAGAAUGGCAAGCUAAAUAUGAGGAUUUAGAUUAUAAACUUGCAGAAGCUAUGAAGCAGGUUACUCGUUUGGAUCAUCGCUUGUAUGAAGCUCAGGAACAAAAUAAAAAGUUGGAGGUGGAAUUAGCAGCUCUUAAAUGUUCAGACUCUCCAGGUCGUGAUGAUCCUUCAAAUAGCGGUGGAUCAGUUACUAAAAACAAGUAUAAUGAUUUAGCUUGUGAACUAGAGGAAUAUCGUGAGCUAUCAAAUAACCGUAUGAGCGAAUUGGAACGUCUUCAGCGCCAUUUAGAAGACAAAGUGGCUGAGUGUGCCUCACUCAAUAUGCAACUGCGGGAUAUUCCUGAAAAUAUCAUCUUAGAUUCUCCACAGUACGUUUCCCUUAAAACGCAGUUCAACAUUUUGUACAACGAAGCUAUUCAUCUCAGAAGUCAGCUGGAAGAAGCCAGAAAUACUAUUCAAAAUAAUAGACACAGUCAUUUAAAACAGAUAGAAGAAAUGGAGACGAAUGAAGCUGCCAUACAAAAUCAAAUGCGGUCCGAAAUGCUGCUAAUAGAAGGUCAGUAUUCCCAACUAAGGCAUAAGUAUGAAACUAUGGAACUUGAUUUUAAACAGGCCUUAACACACAAUGAACAAGCAGGUCCUAUUAGCUGUGAAAUGCGCAGUCUUAUUUCUACAUUACAAACACAAAAUAAACAACUAAAAGCCGAAGUUGCUCGAUAUCGUCGUAAAUGUGAAGAAGCUGUACAGGAACGUGAGCUGAUACGCACUGAUUUGAAAUGCACAGAGGACGAGUUGGCACAUGUUCGUACGGCACUUUCGGAGGCUACUGCGGCUGUUAUUGCUGCUAGCGAAAAGUCAGAGCGAUCGACACCAUCGACUCCACAAAGCUCAAAUCUGCCUCCAAGCACAACUGCUACGGGACCAGAUGUCGCUUCGCCGCCUCUUGAUGUGGAUGUAAAGUUAAAAGUACCAACUUCAACAAAGGUGGAAGAAGGCAACGAUAGUGGUAGUAAUUGUCAGAAACUUGAUUCCCCCAGUUCAUCCACUGUACAGACUGCUACUGUAGCUGCUUCUAACUCCAACAUUAAUCCGUCUACAACUGAUAAAGUUGUCAAAAUGGAAUGUUCUGAGUCUCGGUCGAAUGUUUCGUGCUCAUCACCCUCUAAUGAAGUUAUUCGUGAUUUAAAGGAACAGUUAAAGCGUUCGCAAGAAUCACAAAAAGAAAUGUCUGUUCUUCUGAACAUGUAUAAAGUUAUUCCUAAAGAUCAAAGAGAUAAAGCAGCACUUCUUCAGUGUGAAGCAAAACUUCGGGCUGAGCUUUCCGAUGCUAAGAGUGAAAUUGAUAAGCUUAACAAUACAAUUCGAGAACUGCAAACACAAGUGAAGAUACAGCAACAACGAAAGCAAUCGUUAACCUCUCCAGGCGAAACUUCAUUGAAAAUGUCUCCUGCCGAACGCGGUUCUACCAGCCUUGGAAAUAUUCCCCCAUCUCUUUCUAAACCGCCUAAACUUGGACUUACUUCACCAGAUGAAAAAAGCACAAAUUUGACAGGAUCACUGCAGUCUGGAAAACCUAAGGUUUCCGCUUCUGACUGGCAGAUAUCUGAACUACAAAUGGAACUAUAUUUGAUAAAACGUAAAAGUCAGAACACUGAAGAACAGUUAAAACUACAUCAGCAAAGACUUGCAGCAGCCAAGCAACAAGAAGAUGUAUUACUGAAGGAAAUGGAAGUAAGCUUUAAAUUACAUAUAUUCUGGUUGCUAUUUUAUAACUCAGCAAAAUGACAUUGCUGUAAGUUAUCUGUGACUUUUAUUAAUGCAGCAAAAAAAUUCUUCAUUACGCUUUAAGGUAGCUUCUAUGUGGUCUUUAUGGUCAUUUUCCAUCUCAUCAUACACAAACAAGUCAUUUUCAUGUAUCUGCAUAUUCUUCAGAUUGUUCAGUAAUGAGGACAUUGAUCCAUACGCAAAUAAUGCACUCGCUAAUAUGACAAACAAUCAUUUGGAGUGAUAUUGCUUCUGGCUAGCUCUAAAGGUUGUUUUACUUUUGUCAUUUCUAUUGGUAUCUGCUAAUGAUGUGAUCGUAGAUUAAAUAGUAAUGACCAACUUAGCUGUGUGCAGAUGUUCUUGUGUUUCGGUUACAGUUGGUGCUGCAUACAAUUUCAGUUCGGGUAGACUGUUCAGCCGUAUAAAGUCAGCAAAAAAACUGCACUCAACACUUUGUGCACCUCUCUUUCUAUCGCUCUUUCUAAAUGCGCAGGCACUCGUCUUGUUUUAAGGGUGAUAUUUCUCCGAUUCCUCUUCGGGAUCUCAUAUCUUACGUUAUCAUAAAAACAGCAAGGUUCUCCCUUGGCUGUGAAUAAGGUAGUAACUAACUAGCAACUAACUUACUAAUAAUUGGUAUUUCCUCAGCGUUUUUUGCUUUUUGUAUUUUGCUUUUGUGCCCAUAAUAUUGUAUAUCCUGACUCACUUUACAGUGGUCAGGAUAUAGCAGCAACAUCUUCAUACGAACACAUAACCCCAAAGAUUACUUCAUGUAGGUUGUGUAUGACCGGCCUCAGACAGUUUUACCCCCGGACUCUGUGGUCGCGCAACACUAAUUCUCUUUCUAGAGAUUUUCGAGUUUUGAAACAGAUUUCCCAACCAUUUUGGAAAAGUUAAAAUGAAAUUAGUUUGAUAAAUCUGUUUUCUUAACUAUUCAAAAUUUAAAAAAAUAAAUAUUCCUUUUAUUAAGAUAACUGUUCAAGCUUUUGAAGAUGCACAGGAACAGAAUGUUCGUCUUGUUAAAACAUUGAGAGAGAAAGACGAUGCUCAUUUGAAGUUGAUGGCAGAACGAAUGAAAGCUGCUCAGCUUGCACGUUUAUUAAAGGAAGACAAACAACUUUUAGAAGAACAGAUACGUCUUAUGCAGGCCAAAAUUGAGGCGCUCAACAGAGCUGUUCUUAAACAAGAGGAGAAAGUAAGUCGUUUUGUUUUUUUAUUCAAGUAAUGUUUAACAUUGAGGUUUUUAAAAUCAUUGGGAUUUAAAAUUAGAUUUUUACGGCGGUUUCAGUCUUAAGCAUUUCGUUCUGUUUAUUUCAAAAGAGCUAUGCAAGCUUAUCUACUUUUGUAUUGUGAUAUUCUGAUCACUCCUAGUUCUUCCGCCGUGGUGUAUGUGUCUACCAAUGUACUAUAUUGCAUUUUUAAGUUUCAAUUUUUAUACAUUAAUUAGUCAUUCAUUUUAUCUUUAGUGCUGUUCUUAUGUGUGUUUCAUUUUAUGUUCUAAUAUUCCUGUUUAUAUUACUGUUGACGACAGGAACGUUUAUUGUUAACUAAUCUGGCAACCUUAGAAAAAGAAGCAUCAGCUAGACAAAAGUCUCAAGAGGCCUAUAAACGUAAGGCCUUGGAAAGUCAACAAAUUUCUGAAGAUUUAAGAGUCACUGUACAAAAGUAUCAGAGUCAACUUAAAGAUGCUCAAACUACUGUUCAAGAAAAAGCUUCCGCCUAUGAACGUGUUUCUUUCGGUCAUCAACGUUUACAAGAAGAACUUGUUACUGUACGGCGAAAAUAUGAAAGGUUGCGCAAAAUUGAACAAUCGCAUAACGCUGAUGAAUUUCUGCUGGCUGAAAUACAAGAUUAUAAAGAACAACUGACUUGCCCAACAUGUAAAAUCAAUAGAAAAGAUGCAAUCUUGACAAAAUGCUUCCAUGUGUUCUGUUUGAAUUGUCUAAAAGUUCGUUAUGAAACACGUAAUCGAAAAUGUCCUAAAUGCAAUGCUACAUUUGGUGCUAAUGACUAUCAUCGCAUUUAUUUAACUUGAUGUGUAUUCAAGUCGAAUUGUAUAUCCUGUAUGUUCUGAAAACCACCACUUCAUUUGCAUGUGAUGUGUUCACUUCAGAAAUGUAUAUAGUUUAAAACAUACGAUAAUUUUACUCAGUUUUGUACAUACUUUUAUUUCUAAUUAAUAAAUAGCUUGAUUUGUAUAAAUUGUCAUACAGUCCUUUUGUUUAAUUAUACUUUUGUGUGCUAGUAGACCGUACGUAACUAUUUCAAGCCAAU